AGUACAACAUCUUUCUCAUGUGAGCCUAUCAGUGGCAACGAACGCAAGAUUUGUUUUCACUAUUUUCGCUUCUGAGAUGUUCCAGAUUUGAUUCAGAGAUGACAUUCAUAUAUGUCAUCCAUUAAGGCUCAUUGGUUGCUAUGGAGCUCGAAAGAGAAGAUCAUCGACCUCGAGAUUCAUGGGACUCCUUACCUGUUGAAUUACUGAUUAAGGUUCUCAGAGAUCAGGAUCUGCCAAUUUCCACUCUUGCGGAAUGUCGUGCAGUUUGUAAGAAAUGGAAGCAAAUCAUAGAUGGUCCAGAUUUACGGAACAAAAUCUGGAAUCAAUCUGCUAUUUUGUAUGAUGCGUGUAUUGACAGUACGGCCUACUUCUGCUUAGGUGAUCGAUGGAUCGGAAGGUAUAUUUCAUUCGAGCCCAAGGAGGUGGUUGCUGCUGAUGGAGGCCUAAUGUGUUUCAAUCAACUAUUGUCAACCGAGUUUGUAAUAUAUAACCCAGUUGUGGACAAAUACCUGAGUUUAAAGGUACCUCAUGAAAUAGAUGGAGUAUCUACAGUCUUCAAUGGUAUGCUUGAGUGCAUCGUGGUGGGUUUAGUCGUGGACCAAUUUACAAAACACUUCAAGGUGGUUUUGGGAGGAGUUCCUAUCCCAGAUAGACGCACAUCUUUGAUAUACGAUUCGACUACCAGUACAUGGUCCUGGCUUAUUAAUAAGUUUCCUGUACUGCUAAACUGGAUGGAAGUUGAAUGUCAUAGUGGGAGAUGUUUAGUUUGUAAUGGAUCUUUGUAUUGGAUCGUAUGGGAUCCCAGGUUUAUGAUUAAGGCCCUAUUGAUAUUUAAUCUGACAGAAGAAACAUGGAAUAUUUUGUUUGAGGAAAUCAUGGAGGACAUGCCAGGUGCCCUGCAGGUUGCUGCGUAUGAAGGAUGUGUGUGCUUACUCGCCAUGGAUUGGACUGAUGUUGAGUUUGAUCGUAGGAGCUAUGAUGGGAACUUCCUCCGUCAUCGGAUGGUCCGGAAAAUGGAUAGAUCUCUGAUCCGGAGAACGAAAGAUCUGUGGGUUAUGGAGGAUGGCAGACCUUUCAAAUUUUAUGCUACAGGAGGUAGUGAUGUGUUCUUCGUAUUCGAGGAAGAAGGUGAAGAGCUCGAGGUGGCGAAAUACAGUGCUGAAUUAGACAUGAUAUAUUUUUUAGCCGAUCCUCCUUUUCGCGGAGCCCAUGAGUUUCAUUUAAGGGGAUUUCUGCCGCAUGUCAUCCAUACAUGGGAAUUUAUGCCGCAUGUCAUCCAUGACCCUUGGUGUGCAAUAAUUCCAACGCCCGGAGUAAAUGCAGAGCAGGAGUGGAUAACACAGCCGCAGAGACAUCUGUUACAGGAGGUGCGGGAAACUCCCAGAGAAGAGGACGUAGGGGAAGUUUAGGUGUCAAAGGACAGAUCAGUUCACCGAAAUAUACGUCGUUUGGACUAGAUCGUUUUUUACAACUAGAUGUUAUGCAAGUUGAAGUUCACGUAAGUCUGGAUUGGGUCGGCUUAAUACCUUCGAUGGUGGUUUGUUUAAAUUAAGAC